AUGGAUGAGAAAUCCAGCAGCAGCAGCCACCACCGGCUUCUGAUCGUCCUUCUCAUGGCGUUGCUCUUUGGCGUCAUGAUGAUCCAGUACGUGUGUCCGAGCAGGUCUGAGUGCCAGAUGCUGCACCAGCUGGGAUCCUGGUUGAAGGUCGGUGGCACAACUGGUUCCCACAGCAGUGGCAAUGAAGUCCAAGAUGGGCUCUUAAAGGAUCCGUACAUUGCAGAAGACGGCGCUCUGGUCCGCUUUGUCCCUCGCUUCAACUUCACCAAAGCCGAUUUAAAUCGUGUUGUAGACUUCAACAUCAAAGGGGAUGAUGUUAUAGUUUUUUUGCACAUUCAAAAAACCGGUGGCACGACGUUUGGUCGACACCUGGUGCGGAAUAUUCAGCUGGAGAGGCCGUGCGAGUGCCACGCAGGUCAGAAGAAAUGUACCUGUUACCGGCCAGGUAAAAAGGAAACCUGGCUCUUUUCACGAUUCUCCACCGGCUGGAGCUGCGGGCUUCAUGCGGACUGGACUGAGCUGACCAGUUGUGUCCCGUCACGCAUGGACUCACGAGAGGCUCCCAAGAACCUGCCCAGAAGGAACUAUUAUUAUAUAACUAUCUUAAGAGACCCAGUGUCACGCUACUUGAGCGAGUGGCGUCAUGUGCAGCGUGGUGCCACAUGGAAAGCCUCCUUACAUGUGUGUGAUGGACGUUCACCAACACUGUCUGAGCUACCAAGCUGCUACUCAGGAGACGACUGGUCAGGUUGCUCCCUGCAGGAGUUCAUGGACUGCCCCUACAACCUGGCCAACAACCGGCAGACCCGCAUGCUGGCUGACCUCAGCCUGGUGGGGUGCUACAACGUCUCUGGUACGAGUGAGGAAGAGCGCUGGGCAGUACUUCUGGAGAGUGCUAAACGUAACCUUCGGGGAAUGGCCUUCUUUGGGCUAACUGAGUACCAGCGUAAGACCCAGUACCUGUUUGAGCGAACCUUCAACUUGGAGUUCAUUGCACCCUUCACACAGCUCAAUGGCACACGUGCCUCCAGUGUUGACGUACCUCCUGAGACGCAACACAGAAUCCGCCAGCUAAACCAGUGGGACGUAGAGCUAUAUGAGUACGCCCGUGACCUUUUCCUGCAGCGUUUCCAGGUGGCGAGGCAGCAGGAGCGCAGGCAGGCCAGAGAGAGGCGGCAGCAGGAGAGGAGGCGGCUCCGUGGACGGCUCACAACAAAGCAAGGGAGGCAGCUGAAGCCCACAGAAACACCUCAUCAACAUGACAGCCACUCUGUAGUAAGUGAGGAGCAGCAGAGGGAGAAGGCUGGUGAAGACAGUGUGGAGUCAGAAAUGCUUCUCCCAGAGUGGUGGGAUCUGGAUGAGAAUAGUACCAUUGAGGACUACAUGGACAACGUUGAACAGUGGUAGUUACGGGAACAAGCAGUAGGGUCUUAAUACUAAGUGUGCCAAGUUCUGCCUUGUCUGUUGUUAAUUAAUCCAAGUUAAUUUUAGUAUUUGCCUUCCACUAUGAUUUUUGUCACUAUGAACUGUUUUAAAAUGACACAUUUAUUUAUUGAUACCAAUUGUAUUUCUUUGUCACAACUGACAUUCAUAAUGGAUACAUUUUCUUGACAAGAAAAAGGCUGCUCUAGUUACCCGAUAUUCCAUACCUUUUAGUGUUCACACAAGCCUUCUAGACUGUUCUCCUGGCUUUUAAACACAUCUGAAAACUUGUGAUGUAGCUUGAAAUGAGGGUAAAUAAUUUUCUUUGUCAAAAGGAACAAUGUGACACUUGUUUCUAUUUAAAAUAUGCUACUGUUUGUGAUUAACAAUCUAUAUGUUUGCCAGAUUGUUGUCUUGUAUGAAAUAUGUACAUUUUGAAAUGUACCUGUGUUUUUAAGUGUCUCUUAAGUUACGGAGGAGAAUGGAAUUUUCAUAGAUACCUCAAUGUGUUGCAUUAACUGCUAAUGUUGUAAAAUUACUGAAUGUGUCCCAAGUCUUUAUAUAAAAUCCUUUUACAUUUA